AUGAGUGACUUUAAAACAUUCUUAUUAGUUGUGCAAGAUAAAAGUCAAUCCAUUCAAAAUCUCGCCAAAGAUGCCCAAUCGGCAGAAGACCUUGUUUCUGAGUAUAUUAUUUCAUCUGGAGCAAAGGCCCGCCAUUUAUCUAACCAGUUAGCCCAGCUUUCGGCUGACUUCUUUCACAAAGCCGGUGCUCUUAAGAACGAAUUAGAAGCAUUCACCCAAAGCAAUCCGACUGUCUUUACCGAUAGAAAGAAAGCAGUGCAUCUCCAAGCUCUAUUCAAAAAGCUUUCCCUCCAAAUCGAGCUAUUCAACCGAACCAAACAUCUAUUCACUAGUGCAGCUACUAAAAAGGAAAGUAUCACUGAAGAGACCCAAAACACACAUCUUCUUCAAAGCCACAAUACUUUUGUUGAUCUAUCUCUUCCCCAAGCCCCAACUACUACAUCAGCCGCUGCCAAUGAAGAACUCGCCAAAAACAAGAACCUACGCCUUCUUUUACUUAGCCUUAGUGAUCUUGAAUCUCUUAGUAUUGAGCUAAACACUAUUAUUGAAUCGUCUGGUGAUCCAAUCGAUCGUAUCUCUUUAAAAACGACUGAAAUGAAAUCCGUAUCUCUCAAUACCAACCGCACCCUAGAGCAAGGCAUUCGUCGCCGAACUCGCCGUAUGAAACUCAAGCGAGUCUUUAUUCUGCUAGUUAUCCUAAUUCUUAUUCUUCUAGCUAUCUUUUUCGGCACCAAACUCCUUGAAUUCUUCCUUAAAUGCAAAGGCCUCUUUAAGUAG